AUGAGUUCUCAUGCCAUCCUCUUGAGUGUUGUCUUCAGCCUCCAGAUUUUAAUUGGACUUCUGGGGAACUCCUUCCUGCUUUGUUUCUUCAUCAUUACAUUCUUUGUUGGACACAAACUGAGGCCCACAGACAUAAUUCUUGCCCAGCUGGUAUGGGUAAAUUCUUUGGUGCUCCUCUUUAAGGGCAUUCCUGAGACAGUGGCAAAUUUGGGCCUGAAGAAUUUCCUGGAUGACAAUGGCUGUAAAAUUGUGUUCUACGUUUCCAAAACAUGUCGUGGUAUUUCUAUUAGUAUGACCUGCCUCCUUAGUGUCUUUCAGGCCAUCACCAUCAAUCCCCGUAGCUACAGGUGGGCAAAGUUUAAAGCCAAAGCCACAAAGUCCAUCAUCCCCUGCAGUCUUCUCUGCUGGUUCUUGCAACUUCUACUCAAUGUAAUUGUUCUAGAGAAAAUUCAAGGUCCAAGGGCAUCCAGUAAUGGCUCAGAGAUACUCAGUUAUGGAUACUGUAUUGUUUUAGAAGAAACUUCAAUUAGUACUGAAUUGUUUGUAAUUGUGGUUGCACUCCCUGAAGUUGUGUGUCUGUGGCUCAUGGUUUCUGCCAGUGGUUACAUGGUGUGGCUUCUGGACAGGCAUCAUAAGCAAGUGAAGCAAAUACACAUGACCAGCCUUUCCUCAAGAGUUCCUCCUGAGAUCAAAGCCACUCAGUCUAUCCUGCUUCUGGUGACCACCUUUGUCUGCUUUUACGCACUCAAUUUCAUUUUUUUUCACAUAUAUGCAUUUCAGAAAGCCAAGACCUUGGUUGGUGCAGUGCUCUGCCUUUCUGGGUUCCUGUUUCCCAACUUUUAG